AUGGUACGUUUUUUGACACUGGAUCAGGUACCCCACUGAACUAUAUACCAUUUCUUUUUCACCCUGGGUUAUUGUGACAUAUAAAAGAGAAAAAUUUGCAACUUAGUAAAGCCUUCUCCAAGCCAUCGCCAUGAGCGCAAAUCGAGGAAACCCAAACUGUGGUUGGCCCGAAAAGACUUUACGCCACAUUACAAACAAAAUUCUUAACUCUCGACCAAAAUAAAAAUAAAAAUUCCAGGAGGACAUUGCAUUCCUGAGAAGCCAAAUCCGCUCGAAUGGCGCGGAAUCCGCUUCGUCGAAGGUCCAAAAAGCUGUCAUGGAGCGGCAGUUCUCGGUGCUCAAAGGGAUGCUGGUUGUAACGCGAGCCAAACAGAUCAGCCUAGAGGAGCAGUUCAAAAAAUUCAAUGCCUCACGAGCGCGAGGAUCGAAUCAGCGGCGAAUCCGGCAACUCAUGUACACACUGAACAAGCAGGUGGAUCGGCUGUACAAGUUGAUGAAAACGAACGAAUGCGAUGAUAAACCAUGCCAAAAUGGGGGAACUUGCUUGGACUUGUUCGCCGCGUUUCAUUGUUUAUGCCCGCCGCACAUGGAGGUAGGUUUGGGGAAGGUGAAAAAUUAGAUGAAAAAUGUGUUUUUUUACAAGGGAAGUACUUCAAUGGGGUGUGGAGUUACAGGUCGAAAUAUAUAUCAAAAAUCGCGAAAUUGUUAUGAUUCAGAAUGUGUAAAAAUUAGCUGCCCAAUUUUGGCUUGUAAGGGCGAAAAAACCCCUCACAAGGGCUCGGCAAAACCUCGUCCCCUGGUUUCUUCUUGAAACAUAUACCAUUUGAAAGAGCGCAAAAAACUGGUCUAGAAUCACCUUUAAUUAGCUGCUAAGAUUCUCUUACAUACUAGCUAGCGAGCAUUUUUUACUUCUAAGCCAGUCUCACCCUUCUUUCAACAAAACAAAAGGAAUCGAUAUCAAAAGCACGGCGAAGCAGUGCUUCGGUGGCCUAGUGGGGUAAGGCGCUCUACAAGGAGGACCUGCGGACCAGGUUCGAAUCCCUUUUUGAAUUUUUGGAUUUUUUUGGCUAUUAUGGAAUGAAGAAGGCUAGCAUGUAGCUUUAAUUUUAUAUUGAUUUUUGGGGUACCCUAGAUUUGUUUUACUAGAAAAAUCGACAGGUUUUUAAAUUUUUUGUGAUACAGGUGUCUUUGACCCUGCAGUGGGCACCCAAGAUGGUUGAAACUUUCAACGGCUUUAAUAUUUUUUGCCAGGAAUGCCCAUUUACGGGCAGUACGUGAAAAACGAGCCUGAAAACGGUAUACAUGUUUAAAACCUCCUAGUAUGUCUCGGGCGAGAAGACCUAAAACAUCGCCUAAUCACUCGUUGAGGGCAUCGACCUGAGAGUUUCAAGCUCGGGAAAAACUUUAUGUUUUUUGAUCUUGAUUGAAGCCUCCAAUGUCAUAGGUGAUUAAUAUUUGUAUGAAAAGUGAUUAUUCGAUCUCGUUGGCAUCUCAGAAGAAAAGGUUCCCAAAGUCUAAUUGGGAAUUUUGAAAAAAAGUUCGCUAGCUAGCACGUAAGUGAAUCUUAGCAGCUAAUUGAAGGUGAUCCUAGACCAGUUUUUUGCGCUUUUUCAAAUGGUAUAUGUUUCAAGAAGAAACCAGGGGACGGGUUUUGCCGAGCCCUUGUCAGAACUUUUCUCGCAACACCACGCAAAUUCCCAUUUUUUAUAUUGGAACUACUAAUUUAUAUAGGUGUAGCAAUAAUAAAAUUUUACAUUGUAAGACUUGUCAAGAUGCCAGGGUUUAUUUUAGCUCAAAACAAAGCUUUUGAAUUGGUAAAAACGUGGUCAAAAAAAGCAUUUGCGUGGUGCUGCGAGAAAAGUGCUGAGGGUUUUUUCGCCCUUAACCAAAAUUGGGCAGCUAAUUUUAACACGUUCUGAAUCAGAUACAUUUUGCGAUUAGUUGAUAUAUGUCUCGCCCUGCAACUCCAUAGAAGUACGUUCCUUGCUAAUAAAAACGGGCCCGAUCCAGUAGCAAAAAACGUACCAUUUUGCAUUCGGGAAGCAUUAAAAAUGUGGCAAAAUACUUUCUUCUCCAAGCAAAAAAAUUUCGUUUUGAAGGACGCGCUCUUUUUCCUCACAAAAAGAGCGGGCGCGCUUUUGAAAUCGGAGGUUUUUCACUUGGAGGUAGUUUGCCACAUUUUUGAUACUUCCCGGAUGCAAAAUGGUACGUCUUUUACCACUGGAUCAAGUCCCCUACUGUAUACAAACUUUUUCUUGCAAAUCUCCAGGGUCCUCACUGCGAAAAGCGCUUCGACGAAUGCGCCAUGAUCAAAGGCACGCACGCCGAUUGUCAGAACGGUGGGACCUGCGUGAACAACGAGAAAGGCCCCGGAACCACCUGCAAAUGCCCUCCCAACACCUACGGCUCGCAUUGUCAGGAGAAGUCGGGCGAGUGCACCGCCACGAGCACCGGCCUCUGCGGAGAGCACGGUCAUUGUGUGUCCAUUACCCCGUCGUAUGCGGGAGCGGCGCCCUACAAAUGUGUUUGUGAUUAUGGCUACAGAUCGAACGAGGAUAUCAUGCAGCCAUUGUGCAUUGAUAUCGACGAAUGUGCGGGAGAGCACACGCCAUGCUUCAAAGGCUAUGGAAAUGAGUGUUUGAAUUUGCCUGGAGGCUUUAAGUGUACUGGAUGCCCUAAAGGAUUCUAUGGUAAGUUGCGGGGGUUUUUGGAGGGAUUUAUUGGGUAGUAAGGGAAAAUUUUAUCAAAAGGCAUCAAAAAGACUAACAUUUUUUUUUAUGUUCGAAGUCUUAAAACACUCCAGAUUCAGCGCUAGAAAAUCGUUGCAACCAAAAAAUCACUAUUUUUUCGAUACGGCCGUUUCGUUUUGAUUCUCGUGGCAAAAGGUCCUGGGAUUUUUUCUGCGGCUCCUCGGUCUUCAAAUUCUGUCGCACUUCGAAGAAAUGUUUUGUCGCUUGCGAACAAUGGGAAUCGCGCGCGAUGUAGCGCAAAAAAAAUCCGUGCAAAAAGUGGAAAAAUGCACUGUGCGCCACGAAAAAAGCAAAAGUCUGCGCACUUUUGAAAACGCGUAGUAUCAGUUUGUCGGGAAAAUAAUGAGCAUCUCUGUCGCAUCGAAAAUUGCAUCGCCGUCGAGAAAAUGAAUUGCGCCGCGACAAAAUCAAAUUGCUUUUUUCACUUCAGCGACGCGGUUGUCACAUCGACAUUUUGCUCAUUAUUUUCCCAACAGAAUAAUAAUCAAACCUACUUCCCCAAAAUAGAUUUCCGUUUCCCCAAAAAAACCGAAAAGAUGCCUCGAAUCUCAUAAUCUUUAUCAUGGUUCCCACAAACACGGCCCGAACCUUUCGCCAGACGCGGGCGCCCAGCUACUUUGUUAGCCAUUUGUGGGCGGAAUCAGCGUCUUUUUGUCUUCAUCGGCAACCGAAAUCGAACUCGCGGGGGUUCGAGUGGGAAGCGCGCGCACUAACCACUCGACUAUUUGGAACCAAAGAGCCAGGGAGAGAAAUCUCUCUUUCUUGCAAAAAGGAAAGGGGGAAGGAGGCGAAAGCAAGAUAUUUUAACGUAAAUAUACGUAAUAUAGUAUCAGACUGUCGGCAAAAUAAUGAUCGCAAAGUCGCUGCGCCUAUCUCGUCGCUGAAGUGAAACGAAACUUGAUUUUGCAAGACAAUUCAUUUUCUCUUCGGCGAUGCAAUUUUCGAUGCGAUAGGGUGCUCAUUAUUUUCCCGACAGACUGAAAAUACGCCUUUCAAAAAUGCGUAGACUUUUUUCGUGGCGCACAGUGCAUUUUUCCACUUUUUGCGAUGCAAUUUUCGGUGCGAUAGGGUGCUCAUUAUUUUCCCGACAAACUGGUAUUUUUCGGUAAACUAAUGUAAAAACAGCAUGUAAUUUUAAAAAGCAUUUUAAAUCGGCCUUUUUAGGAGACGGAAUCACCUGUGAGGACAUUAACGAGUGCUAUUCCGACCCGUGUUCGCAGAACCCCCGAGUCGAAUGUAUCAAUACGAAAGGCUCGUUUUCGUGUGCCGCUUGCCCCGCCGGCUACGAGGGCGACGGGUUCUACUGCAAAAAGAUUGAGUUCUGCGCGAACAAUCCGUGCAACGAAGAGGCGACCUGCAUCGAAGAGCCCAACGAAGGCUGUCUUUGUCCGGAAGACAAGCCCAUUGGCAGUGGGUUGAAGGAUACGGAGUGUCAUCGGACCUACUACUAUGGAAGUGGACGUUGCAGCGUCUGCGAGAACGGCGCGACUUGUCAGAAGAUCAACGAAACGCAUGCCAACUGCUUCUGCGCACCCGGCUUCCAUGGGGACAAAUGCGAAUUCGAGGACAAGUGCUACAACGAGCCGGAUUUUUGUGGAGAAGUUGGGACUUGCCAUCGGAAUGAGAAUGAUGCCUAUUGUGUGUGUCCGAAUGGGUUCACGACUUCGUGUGGAAUCAUCCCACAGAAAGGUAAAGUGCAGUACUUUUCUCUUCAGCUACAAUGGCGGACCUGAUCCAGUGGAAAAAAACGAAGCAUUUAGUAGUGCCUAGUCUACGGAAGGUAGAGGGCAAUUAGAUAAGAUCAACGGGGAAUAAGGCCCGGAUCGACGUUACAAUAGCCAACUGGGAUAUAGCAAGUAUAUUUAUCCAGCAAACGUCACGAUAGCGCACAAUACAACAACAACGUUGAUGGUCUCGGGUAGUCGGAGGAGGACGAAAGGGGUCGACCGUCCAGCGAGCCGGAGGGUCCAAUUGAAAGAAUGAGAUUCACCGAAUGGCGCGAAGUCGAGCGGUCGGAACGGAUUGUCACGUAGAGCGGUUGAUCAUGGGAAACUCUGGGAAUCGGUCGAGAAUAGGCUUGGAUUGACGGACCAUCGGGGUGCCGCUGGUCCUACUAUUUUGCAUCCGGGAAGCAUUAAAAAUGUGGCAAAAUACUUCCUUCUCCAAGUGAAAAAAACUUCGUUUUGAAGGGCGCGGCCUUUCCCUCACAAAAAGAGCGGGCGCGCUUUUGAAAUCCGAGUUUUUUCACUUGAAAAGGGAACCAUUUUGCCACGUUUUUUGAUAGUUCCUGGAUGCGAAUGCUACGUUUUUUGCGACUGAAUCAAGUCCCCCACUGUAAUGGUCCGUUCGCUACACGAGCGGACUAAUAACGUAGAGCUCCACAGCAAAUCUUUUAGGCGUUAUAAUCCCCCCAGACACUUGCGGAAUGGAGUUCAUCCAGGACAGUGGGAACUACACGAUGACUCUUCCAUUCUACAAUUCCGAAGUCUGCACGCUGACGAUGAAGUCGCGAGAUACGCGAAAGAUUCUGAAGGUCUGGGUAACCAAUUACACGCAUUCCGAUUUGGACCCGGGCUUCGACAACAUCCACGCGGUGGAAGUGAAAUUAAAGGACGCCACGAACAGUUGGCGCUACCAACUUCCCACAAAAACCUCGCCGUACUACACAAAGAACAGUCAUCUUCAUGUGAUCUUCUUCGUCCCCACCCCAAACGAUACGCUCCAAGCGACCGUCCAUUGGCAGGCCGUGGAGCCGAUUUGCGGCGGCAGACUGGAUGUGAGCAAUAGUCCGUUCAGCUUCAAGAGCAGCAAAGCGUGGGAGGAGUGUCAGUGGUUUUUGGAUGCGCCAAAUGAUCAGCUGAUUGAGGUGACCGUGGAGAAAAUGAUUACUGCUACAGGGGCUGAAGUGAAUUGCACAGUAAAUUCGUUGAGAGUGAGUUUCAUUAAAAAAACAGGUUGAGAAAAGCAUCGCUAAAGUAUCUGAUUGAAGCCGAAGAGGCUUCGAAACGAAGAGGCCUCAAAACGAAGAGGUCACUCGACCGAAGGGGCACCAAAAACGAAGAGGCCCCAUUUUAAAAAAUUUUUUAAAAAAAUUUAAAUAAAGGAUGACAUGUUAUACGAUAAAAAGUUUUCUGCAAAAAUCAAAAAAUGGGUGGGACAUGUUAUACGAUGAAAUUUGUUUUUUCAAAAUGAAAGUAGAGGGUAAAAAAUUUUUUGCCAUGUAAAAUGUCACACCUAUUUUUCAUUUUGUAAUUUUAUUUUUGGGAUAUCGGAUUCUUUGUGAAAUCGAAAAAAGGGCCCCAAAAACGAAGAGGUCCCAUUUAAAAAAAAAUUAAAGAAACGUUAAAUAAAUGGUGACAUGUUAUACGAUGAAAAAUUUUUCUUCUAAAAUCAAAAAGUAGGUGGGACAUGUUAUACGACGAAACUGUUUUUUCAAGAUGGAAAUACAGGGUAAAAAAAUUUUUAUCAUAUAAAAUGUCACACCUAUUUUUUCAUUUUUUUUUAAAUAAUUUUAUUUUCGGGGUUUUGUAUCUUCGGGAAGUUGAAAAAAUUUCGCCUUUUUCGGCACCUUUUCGGUUACAAAGUUUCCAAGUUUUCUGCAGGCCUACUGUCACAAUUUCAGUUCUACGACAGCGGCUUGAUUGACCAGAAUGUGCAGAUGGGCGAAAUCUGCGCGGACGUUGAGCAACCGUACGUCAAACGCUUCUCCACCAAUCAUGCCAGUCUUCAAUUCACCUACGACAGCUACAUGGCGAGCGAAGAGACUCUUCGAGACUGUAAAUUGUCAACAUCUUCCACGAACAACACCGACGAUGCGCCAAGAUGCGGGAUCUACUUUAUGGUCAGCUUCAAGGGAGUUCCGAGUAAGAAAAAUUCGCUGUUUUCUAAAAACGAUGACAUUUCCAGAAACCACCGACUGCGGAGGUGUUAUAAACGCCCAAACGAAUCCAGUCGGCUUCAUUCAAACCCCCAAUUUUGGGCACGCUUAUCCGCCCGACCUGAUGUGUGUGUGGGAGUUCAAGUUGAGGAAAGACCCGAAUGAAACGCUCUCCGACACGGACUUGAACAUGUUCACCAUGGAUGUGGUGGAAUUUGAUGUCCGAGGAAGCAAUGAGCCCGUUCCAGAUGGCACUGUUGACGAUGACAUUUAUUGUCCGGGGGAUUUCAUCGAAUUCGACGACAUUACCAAGCAUUGCAAUGGAAAUCGACUACCGGUUCAGCUGCACUUCUUUGACGAGUUCAAGGUGAGAUAUACCGCGUCUCGUCUUUUCGGGUUGACCACAUUAGGGUCUACGCAAAAUCAGUUGAUAGGCGUAGGGCAGGCCUGAACCCUGCCAAAAAAUGUUUAGGAGGACAUACGAUGCGUGGAAAAAAACAGUCUCGUGCCACUGGGUUCUCGGCGAAGAUUUGGCGGAGACUUAUACAGGGUGACCCAAAAUAACGGAGACAAAAGAUUUCCCGUUUUUUCUGCGACUUAUUAAGAUUCAUGAGUGACUCCUUAUUUAUAUUACAGUACCACGUUAGGGUAGUUUUAUUUACCGGUAGUUUUGUUGUACGACGCUCUUCUGUCUUGAACGACAUGAAUAUAUCCGGUUGACUCGGACCCUUCUGCCCGUGGGGUCUUUUUACAAGAAAGCUGCCUUACUCAAAAAAGAAAACUCGGGAUAGUUUGAGAUUUACAGUUAUUAAUUAUCAUAAUAAGACCUUUAAAAUGAGCUAUCAUACUAAGCUUAACUAUCGAUGGUUCAAAAGUUACAGCCGAGUAUUUUCAGGCACUUGAAGUGCAAAAAUCGGCCUUUUUUGAAAAUGUAAGCGCAACAAGGAGUUUAAAUGUUAGAUAAGGCAAAAUGUAAUAUGAGUUACUAGAACAUGAUUAAAGGAACACCACAAAAGCAAAAGAGAAAGAUUUUGUAACUGAUACGGAAUGCUAUUUGGUAAUCACUAGAAUUCUGCCUUAUUUUUGCCUUAGGCGGAAUACCGGUCGAGUCGGUGACACAUAAAGACCGAAAGUGCCCUAGGCUGAUGCUCAAGAGUCGUAUUCAUAAGUGUACAGGAGCAUAAUGCGCCAUUUUUAUCUAUCAUGUCAUUCUGUUAUCGAUAACCCAUCUUUCUCAAAGCCGCGUGCCACGAGGAAGUUCUGGGCAAUAAACUUGUUAAGGAAAAGCUGUUGCAACCAGCACGCAAUCACAGAUUUUUUCAGAAUCAUUGUAUUUAUGAAUAGAACACGUACUAGCGGUUUUAGCUUAAUUCGAAAAAAACUGAAUUUUUUAUGGAAAAAAUUUGGGAAAAAUGGCGAUCUUCAAUGUUGAGAUCGGUACCACCGUAGAAAUAAAAACCGUAGCCCAAAAACCUACGCAACUGCUUUCUUAGGGACAUAGUAGUCUAACAAAACAAAAGAUCUUGCCAUUUCUGCGGCUGUAGUAAUGCCAGGCUUUACACAACACAAGGGAACCAAACUUGAAGGCCAAAAAAACGGCGCAAGGCAUAUUUGUUAAGCUGCAACUUUUUACUGCGACAUGAUGAUUCCCCCAAACUUUCGUGGAUUAUAGAGAAGGUGUUAUAGAAUAUUUCCCGCUGUCGCUUAUGUUUCUCUAACGCCCGGUUUUCGUGGUGGGACCUUCAAAAAUUUGUCUCCGUUAUUUUGGGUCACCCUGUAAUAUCCGCCUUUUCUAAUUUUGGUUACUGCUAAUCUUGUUUCCUUGACGCUGGGCUUUCGAAAAGGCAUAAAAAUUGGCCCAAAAAGGGUACCCUUUCCCAGGCCGAGGCCGAACGAAAAAAAUGGUAAGGGGUGGCAAGGAACUGACCAUAUUUUUUUACGCAACUUGCCCGACGUCCCUCCCCCCAGAACUUUUGUUCAGCUGCGCCCUGGCAGUAAUAAAUGUAAAACAUCUCAAAAUAGGGAUAAACUCUUCUAGGAGCCGGUCAAUCUUAAUAUUUCUUCUAAAUAAACAUUCUCCAAGCCUUCGCAAUGAAUACAACAACAAAUAAAGGCAACCCAAGGUAUAGUCGACCCGAACUGUCGUCGACUCGAAAAGACCUAGCGCCAGAUAUACUUGGUGCUUGAUCACCUCUUUCUUUCAGCUGGAAUUCCACAGUGAUUCGCAAUACUCGGGAAAAGGCUUCAAGAUGCUGUACAAGGCCUCUUGUUACCACAGCUACAGUAAUCCCACCGGAAUCGUGCGAUCGCCGAAUUUGAGAGUCCGUCAUCAUGAGCCAUUCACCUGUACCUACAAUAUUCACGCGCCCAGUUCGGCUAUUGUAAAGUUGAAGUUCGAUUACAUUGGGCUCCCCGGCUUCUCCGUGGGAUGUCUUCAACUGCAGAGCUCGAACGACUCGAGUCUGGCGGGAUAUGAUGACUAUAUUGAGGUGAGUUUGACUUGAAAAUAGUAGAGAAUUGCCAUGUCGCUGUUUAGCUGAGUGGCGGUCAUACCUCGGACGCAUCGCUGAACCGUCGCUAUCACUGCGCCAGAUAUCCGUUCGUGGCGCCGAGCGGCGAAUUAAUCGUCAGCGGGACGUCUGGCGUUCAGAUCACCUACAGCACCUCAGGAUCCGCCAACAACACCGGCUUCCUGUUCUCAUACACGGUGGAGGAGAAGGGCUGUGGUGGAUAUUAUCAUGGCAAAAGCGGGGUGAUCAAGUCCCCGAAUUAUCCGAAUAAAUACCCGAAUCAUAUGUAUUGCAUCUACACGAUAAAGACCAAAGGACGACAAGCGGUUCGGCUAACCUUUGACGAUUUUGAUGUGGAAAAUGUGGCUAGUCGGCUGGAUUGCGGCUUCGAUGCCGUUGAGAUCUACGACACAUACCAGAAUGAGAAGAAACAUGGGAAAUUACUGGGAAGGCAAGUGAAAUACUAAUAGUCUGUCGGGAAAAUAAUGAGCACUCUGUCACACCACAAAUCGCAUCGCCGCAGAGAAAAUUAAUUCUGUCGCGACAAAGUCAUAUUGCUUUUCACUUCAGCGACGCGAUAGCGACAGUGCACCCAUUAUUUUCCCGACAGACUGAGAUUUUCAUAAAGUGCGUAGACUUUUUGUCGCGAGACAAAAUGCACAGUGCAAGCCUCAAUUCGCACCGUGCGCUUUUAGUUUUUGCACAGUGCACCAAAAUAUCGCUGAGACGAAGGUUUUCUCCAACUACGUCACUACGAUUUUGACGAUUCAUUCGCACAGUGCGAACCGCUUUUUCCAGUUUGCACUGUGCGAAAAACAGCAACACGCACGGUGCAUGAAAGAAAGAAAGGAAAAACUGUGCGUUCGCGGGAAAAGGCGAAAAAAUGUCUACGCACUUUAUGCAAAAAUUUUAGCAUCAGUCUGUCGAAAAUAAUGAGAAAAAUGUCGCUGCAACAAGUCUCGUCGGUGAAGUGAAAGCAAUCCGAUUUUGCCACGACACAAUUCAUUUUUCACGGCGAUUUUCGAUGCGACAUUUUUAUCAUUUUUUUCCCGACAGACUGAUAUUAAGGGCCCGGGAAGAUUUUCGAAUCAUUUCAGAUACUGUGGCGUCGCCAAUCCACCUCCAAUCGUCUCGGCGAGCGGGACGCUGGUGGUUGUUUUCACCAGUGAUCGGUCGGUCAAUGGAAUCGGAUUUACAGCGCAUUAUGAUGUCGUGAAUCUGCACAACUUCUGUGACGUCACUCUAACUCAACAAUCCGGAGUUCUCGAGUUCAACCGGUCGAAUUACGGUAACAUUGAGGAGUGCAACUUUAGGAUUGUGGUGAGUUGGUAAAAUACGAGAUGUUGGCGGAUUAUUUACAACUGACUGUGAUACAUAAUGCCUAAAACUUCACUUUCAGCUACCAGCAAUGGCGCGGAUCCACCUCAACAUCACCGAUUUCUACAUGCCGUGUGAGGAUGGGGUCGUUACGCUGAGGUAGGUGGAAUACACUCACAGGGGAAGUAUCGCAAGUGCGAGGUUCAGAUUUUUUUUUUAAUUUUGCACACGCGUUGGGCGUAGGCCACACAUUAAUUCCUGCAAGUUUUAAAUCGCUCUUUGCACACAGAGCCGAGAUAUUUCAAAAAAUAAUAUAGCGAAAGGAGUAACAUCUGCUGGAACGUCAGGUUUAGGGACGACAACCGAUGCUUGAGGUUCGGACAACGUGGUCGCCAAAUAGAGCCUUUUAAACCACCUCGGUUGUUUCUGCAAAGCGCAAUCCAGAAUUCUCGAAUAUAUUUUAGAAAAAAAUUGUUCUAAAUUUGUGCCAAGUUUCAUCAAAAUCUGAGCGUAGCACUUGGCGUCUUCCCUUGUCAAAUUUAUGCGCAUUUCUAGGAAUGGCGGACACUCCGAUUCGCCGAAAUUCCCUCAAUUAUGGCCGGAUUCCUCGUUCUGCGACUCGAAACCGGUGCCGGAGCUGAUAACCCAAGGAAAUCAGGCGUUCAUCAGUCUGCUUGUAAAGAGCACUCGGAAUACAACAUUGCGGAUCGAAUACAAAAUGAUCGAACAAAGUAAGCGACCAAUUUUGUCAAAAAAUCCUCUUUAGGUUGCGGCGGAUCCAUACGCGGCUACACCGGCGAGAUCGCCACUCCCCAAUACCCGAAGGCCGACUCACACCAGCUGAUGUGUGAGUGGGAGAUUACGGUGGCGCCGGGGAACCGGAUCCGCUUCCAAAUCGACAAAAUGGACGAUCUCGCUUCCGCCGACCACAACGGUGUUUGUCAGCCGUUCGCCCGCAAUUACAUCGAUCUGGCCGAGGGGCCAAGGAGCGACCCGACCGUCCUUCGAAAGUACUGCAAACGAGAGGUCGCCCCAGAGCCGCUGAUUACAUCGGAUAAUAGCUUAGUUGUGAAAUACAACCAGGUUGGAGGGUCCAUCAACGGAGGGCUGUUUGGCUUCUUGGGACGAUUUGUAACCGGUAAGUUUUGGAGUUUCAUCUUUUUGCCUCAAAAUGGCAAAAAAAUGUUACAGUGACAAACGUGAUCCAGUGGCAGAAAAUGUACCAUUUUGCAUCCGGGAAGUAUCAAAAAUGCGGCAAAAUGCUUCCCUCUUCAAGUGAAAAAAACUUCAUUUUGAAGGGCGCGUCCCUUUUCCUCACAAAAAGAGCGGGCGCGCUUUUGAAAUCGGUUUUGUUUUUCACUUGGAGAGGGAGGUAUUUUGCCACUUUUUUUUGAUACUUCCCGGAAGCAAAAUGGUACAUUUUUUGCCACGAGAUCAGGUCCGUCAAUGUGGUAUUUUCAUAAAGUGAAGCUUGCUUGCGUCGCAGCGAUAUUUCGCCGCACCAUGCAAAAAACAAAAAGAACGUGAAACGCCCGGUGCAAGAUGAGAGCUUUUUGUGCAUAGUACGGUGCAUGACACAUGUCCAUGCACUUUAUGAAAAUAGCAAUAUCAGUCUGUCGGGAAAAUAACGAGCACUAUGUCGCAUCGAAAAUCGCACCACCGCCGAAAAGAUUAAUUAUGUCGCGACAUGUCGCAGCAAAAUCAAAUUUCUUUUCACUUCAGCGACACGGCGCAGCGGCAUUAUGGUCGCUAUUUUCCCGACAGACUAAGAAAUAGUAGACUACCCUUUCACUUUCAGUCUGCAACAAUAUCGUGCUCAGCAAGCCAUUCGGAUCAAUUCAAUCGCCCGGCUACCCCUAUCCCACCGAGGAAGCGCGAGUCUGCAGCUGGACGAUAAGAACCGCUCCCGGCUCCCGAAUCAAAGUGAUUUUCCAUCGGUUCCGCUUGGACGGCUCGAUGAUAAUUCGUUCCCGAGGAUUCACGGAGUGCAUGUCCAACUACCUCUCCGUGCGAACCGAUCAAAUCGAGCACGUCGAAGGGACGGAAGACGGGAAAGCGACGGACAAAAUGAAGGCCACCAAGUUCUGCAACGGCUUCGCGGAGCCGCAGCGGAUCUUCUCCAAGUCCAAUGAGCUCCAAUUCAACUUCACCAAUACGAAACAAGCCAAAGAGAAUCAUUUUUGGCUGAGCUGGUCCACUGAAGGUUGUGGCGAUUAUGUCUAUAGCAACGCGACAAAGCUCAGCGUGGACGUCAGCGACUUUGUUGCGGCGAAUCUGUCGCUUCGUCGAGAAUGCAACUGGGUAAUGUACGCACCAAUUGGGUAUGUGAUCAAAGUGGAUGUCAUGGAGAUGCAUACGGUGGAGCAGAUUAACACUGGUGUUUGCCCCGACAAAAUCGACGAACUCAAUGGAGUUAUGGUGAGCAUAUGAAUCGAAGAGGUCAUAUAUAAAACAUCGGAAACAUUUUUGGUUCACCCUAAUAGUAUUUUCAUAAAUGUUAUGAAAACACAACUUAAUAACCCUGUCGCAGAAACUAAAUAACGUCGGAUUUCAGUUCUUCACUGGGACCAAUUUUACCGACUACCCACAAUGGAGCUACUGCGGCCGUAUCAUCGGCCAAAACAAGACCUACACCUCGCACACGAACCGGCUCGCAAUGAGGCUCGGAAUGGACGCCAAGUACAAGACGUCGAGGAACGGGACAGUCUUCAGAGCCUUUGUUACCUACGUGAAACUGGACAACGAUCUUACCUGCACCGGAAAGGUCAAAGGUUCGUUGAGGGUUUUGUGUAGGGCGGGAAUAGAUAAGCGAAAUGGACAAACAGAUUACUUGCAGUGCUGCCCGGCCACAACCAAACGAUCACCUCGCCCGGAUUCCCGACAAAGUACCCCAGAGCAAUCGAAUGCGCUUGGCAGUUCGAGACAGUCAAGGGAUUCUCAUUGGCCUAUAAUUUAUCGCAUUUCGUUACACCAGGAAAGCGAAGACCGCCGCAACUCGGGUUCCCGACGAACAUCAGGUAUGCCAAGUUCGAAAACUCAGCAUCAUUUUCUCCGUUUAGAUGCAGCUCUGCGUUGAUGUACAUAGAAGGCGGGUUGGCGGUGUAUUCCGGAGAAUACGCCAGAAAUGACAGGUAAAUUCUUACGUUAUUGUUACAAGAAAGCGCGCCAAGGAUGACCCUCAGAUUUCGUUUAAACUUUAGUACAAAAAGAUAUCGAUAACACUUGUUCAGACUCUACUCAUCCUAUCGCGAGAGCAAAGGCGCAGUCUCCAGAAUCUGCAACGACAUCACGGAGUCUGUCAUUUUCAACGUUCUGACCAACGAAUCUACCGUGACUUUCCAUGGCGCACCCUACGACGCGACGGUCCCAUCUGGAGAUAGUGGACGAAAGGACAAAGUGGGAUUUGUCCUGGAGGCAUUUGCAGUUUGUGGUGGAACUCUGGAAGCGGGUGCAGAGAGAAGAACAUUGAGUUUGAGGGAGCAUAUGCUACACAAUAACGGAGGAUGCGCGUUCAAGGUCACCAGGGAGAAUCAGAGUAAGUAAUCGCAUAGAAUUUCAGCAGUAGGACGGAGUUGUUGUACUAGACUGUUCGUCAAGGUCGCAGUAAUCACUCCAGCGACCUUAGAAACGAACUAUAGUAUAUCUCAUUGACUACGUUUUCAGCAUUGCUAGACCAAAAGAUUGUCGUUGGGUUCGAGCUGCUGGAUUUGAACGCAUUUGAUGACGACAAGGAAGUGUUCAUCAAUGUGACUUGUGGAAUCAGCAGAAAACCGUAAGAUUUGUUUUUUCAAAAUCUCUAGUGAGGCACAGUGCAGUUUACCAUUUUUCUCCAACGGCAUUUUGAACCGCACCUUUUGAAAAAGCGUAGUAUCAGUCUGUCGAGAAAAUAAAGAGCACCAUGUCGCUGCGUAGAAGCAAAAAUGAAAAGCAAUUUGGCUUUGCCCACGACACGAUUCACUUUCUCGAUGGCGAUACGAUUUUCUAUGCGACAGAGUGCUCAUUAUUUUCCCGACAAACUGAUGUUAUCGUCUACUUGCGGGCACUUACAAAUCCUACGUAUCUCUUGCGAGUUUCAGCAAUUACGCAUCAACAAAGAACCGGCAUAUCAAUACAGUCGAAUGUACGGAGGAUAUCUUGGUGGAGGUCAGCGAAAUCCCACAGAAUGUAACGUUCAUGCUCCACUAUGACACGGUCGGAUACAGUAAGUCGCAAUGGCUAUCAGAACAGCGAUAAUUUUUUCUAGUGUGCGGAGAUAUCGGAGAUGCAGUCAAAGGAAUUUACGAAAUUAGUGGCGAUAUAGAUUGUGAUUACGUCCUGGAGAACAGCGCUGGAAAUAAAGUGGUCCUACAUAUUGAGUAAGUAAAGAGUCAAUUUUUAUACAGCAAACACGUGUCUAUUUUCAGUGAGAGCACAAUCCCUGAGUCCGAAGACUGUGCGCAGAGUUACGUGGAGAUCCGGGAAGGCAAGAGAAAGCGACUACUGUCAAGAUUAUGCGGAAAUAUCUCCCCUCGAAAAUAUGAGGUGAGGAAUACAGUACAAUAGGAAAGGAGCUAUUGAACACGAAAAGAUCCACGGAAAAACCUCCAAAGAGUUUCUCUAACAAAAACUCGUCUUUUCGUGGAUGUUGCAUGAAAAGUUCUGAGGGCUUUCUUGCCCUUACAAACCAAAAUUGGGCAGCUAAUUUUUGCAUGUUCUGAAUCAGAAACUUUUUGCGAUUUUUAAAAUAUCUCACGACCUGUAACUUCAUACCAGAUAGAAGCGCUUUCCUUGUCAGCAAAAAGCAAUCAAAAUUAAAUCUUCUAGGCAGAGAAGCUUUAUCUACGAGUGCUACGAAAACCAUUCGAAACCGCUGACAAUGAAGACGACGAAGACGUCCCAACAACUCCAGCGCCAACGAACUGGCUUAAAUUCCGGUUUGAGAAAUCUCUUGGAGGAGUUGUCAAGUCAAACAAAAUUAUUUUGCCGGUUGGCUCUCCAAGGAUUCGCCCAGCCGACGAGACCAUUGUUUGGUCGGUCCGGACCAACAAAUCUGAUGAGCACAUCGAGGUCACGUUCCGUACGUUAAUUGGAGUGAAAGUUCAAGUGAGUUUUCCCACAUUUUUUGCAAGUUGCAACCUAACAUGUUCAUUGAACUUUCCUACGAGUCCACAUUAUUUUCCCGACAGACUGAUAUAUCCAAAUUCCAGAUAAACGAAGAAAUAAUCGACUCUCUGGCUGAUGAUGAGCCAACACGGGUCUACACCUCGAAUGAGCUGGAAAUCAAAGCGCUCGCGCCGAGAACGGAUAUCUCGCAUUUCGAACUGACAUGGAAACCCAUUCGUCCAGCAGCGAAUGGAAGCGAAGCAGUGGGAAAAACCGUCUACGUUGAGGAGGAAUUUACUUGCGGCGGAGAGCUCGAAGCCACUUUCUCACCGAAGAACUUAACCUUGCCCACAUCGGACGGUAAGACAAAGUUUGACAAUGCUUUUCAGACUUGCCGAGGGUAAGAUACAUUCUAAUUUUAGUCAACAAGUAUGCUAACGAUCUGAAGUGCCGGUGGAAGAUCAAACGACCUCUUCUGCACGGAAUCUCUUUCAAACUAAAGUUGCUGGACGUCGAGGAGCAUGCCAACUGUGCCUAUGACUAUCUCACCGUGGGAACGAGAGAAUUCGCGACUCUUCGGGAGCUCGAGUAAGGAAUUGGGGAAGCCACUGCGAUGAGAAUUUUAGUUUUCUACCUAAAUUUGCGUUUUAGAGAUGCCACAUUCAUGCAUCGGAUUUGUCGCAAAGACCAAGCGAAUUACGCAACGUUAAUCAACUACGAUGAUGAGGCUUUUAUUUACUUUGUUUCGGACCGAUCAAAGAGCUUCAGUGGAUUCACUUUGGAGUAUAAAUUGGGUAGGCGAAAAAACGCAAACGUAUCAAUCCGACUUUAGACUGCCGCACCUUCGAAUACCUGAAUGCCGAGAAGAACAAGUUCGUCUACACACUGAACAGCCCAUUGUACCCAGAAACCGGAGGACACAACUUCAGUUGUAUGUGGGGAAUCAUGCUGGAAACCAAUCGCGAUCUGAUCGUGAAAGCAAUAUCCAUGGAUCUAGCGCCACCGCAGGAAGACAACCAAUGCAAAGGAGAAUAUCUUUUAGUGGUAAGCUUUUAUCCUCACUUUCUAGUCUUUGCAGAACUCGGUUCCCCAUUCGAACAACGCCGGAAACAACGUGCAUUACUACUGCGGAAACAAUCUUUUCAACUAUACCGCCAAAUAUGGUCGAGUGUUUAUCACGUAUGAAAAUAGUGGAGAGACACAGCCAGCAGUGAGACGACAAGGCUUCCAACUGCUAAUAGAGGAGAUUACACACAUGUGCAGUGAGACACUAUACUUGGAUGAGAUCAAAAAGAAGGGCGUUAUUCAAUCGCCAGGAUAUCCAGAGAGUAAGCAAGAGACAAACAACAAGCUCAAAUUAUGAAAUUAUGACAACUUCUUUCAAUUUUUUCAGAUUCUCCAAACUCCCUGGAUUGCGAAUGGAUUAUCGCUGCGCCGCCAGGCCAUCGCAUCAAAUUCACCGUGGACACGGAGCAAUUCAUGCUGGAGAACGCGGAUCCGGACGAAUGCAAAGAUGACUACUUGGAGAUCUACGAUGGGCCCAGUGGAUCGUCGCCGUUGAUUGGGAAAUUCUGCGGAGAUGAUCCACCGUCAACUCUGUUCUCGACCGACUCUCAUCUGUUCGUUCGUUUUGUUACCGAUUACUACUCGCCUUCGGAGGGCUGGAAAGCGACUUAUGAGCUGGGUAAGUGCACAAGAAAUAACCAGAAAUCAAUUUGUUACGGAAAAAUACAAAAUUUUUAUGAUUUCAGCGAGCUGCGGAGGAACGGUGGUGCUUUCGCCAAGCGUCAACACCUCAAUUACCAGCCCCAACUUCCCUGAAGCAUAUCCCGCUCAAGAGGAAUGCGAAUGGAUCGUCAAGGCGCCGAAAGGGCAUUUCGUCGAAGGACAGUGAGUAAUACGGACAUAAUCCACCUAAAUUUGAAAAUAUAACCGUUCUAAACUUCAAUUUUUAGUCUGAAACAUCUUUGGCUGGCCAUUUCCGACAACUGCAAGCAAGAAUAUGUCACCGUCCUUGAUGGCCUUCAUCCUGGUGUGGCCCCGAACACAACUGAGAACCGAACCGUCCUUCUGCCUCCAUCCUGUUCCAUGCGCUCCGUGAACGAUCGACAUUUCCAUUCGCAUCACGGCACAGCGCUGGUCAAGUUCAUGGCCAAUACAACAUACGCGCGCGGCGCUUCGCGUCUCUUCUGUUUGAAUCGGAAGUGCGGGUUCGAAAUCGAAUUAUCCGCCAGCAAAUACGAAUGCGGAGGGGAUGUGGAGGAUGAUGAAGGGCAAUUGGUGGUUCCCGGGUAUCCCGAUCAUGUUCUUCCUGGUGUCGAGUGUGUUUGGAAUUUUAAGGCUGGAAUCGGGUAUCGGUACAAGCUGGACCUUGAGUUUGUUAACGAGGAUGUAAGUUGAGAUCUAAAGUGUAACAAAAAGAUGGAAAACAGAGAAAAAAAUUAAAAGAUGGGAUUCCCAGCACUUUAUUUUUAAUUUUUGAGAAUUGAGGCGCAGAAUUACUCCUCCAAUUCUUCGCUAUAGAAAAUUUAUUGAUUUGCCGGCAAAUUUAAGGCUAAAAACAUUGAGAAAUAAUUCAAAACGACACAAAAUAUUUUUAGGUACAUAAAAUAGCGGUAAAAUGUUACUUGUUGCGGAAUGCCAAGCAUUUCUUGGCAUUUGAGAUUUUCGUGGUGGGACUCAAUUUUUUUCUUAAUUUCCCCAAUUUUGUAUAGAAAAUGAAUUCCCAAUGUUCUAGGGCUUCUACGAGCACAUCCCCUCGAUCAACGGAGGCCCCGAACAGCCCUGUUUCCCCGACUUGGAAGCCUGGAACGGUCCAGUCGAAUCGCGCUACUCUCUGUACUCGCUGUACCAACGCUUCUGCGUGAACCGAACCUCAUUCGUCUCGAACGCGGACAUUAUGACCGUCGUCUACGAGGAUCGUGCCAAGGUUUAUCGGAGCGUCAUGUACACGGGCAUUGACUCGACUCGUUUCCACAAGCCCUUCAGAUUGCGGUACACCCGCGUGGACGAAGACUUUGACGAGUUCGCGUGCAUGUGGCACGUCUAUGAUGACCAGAACAUCACAAUCCACGACAUGUCGAUAAAACGAAGCUACAGUGACAUGAUGGGUUUGACGAAUACCGGAUCAAAAUGUGAGAAUGUGGGAGGGAUUUUUGGGGAUUUCUCGGGAAUGCGGAAAAUGGAUUAGCCUGAAAUUUCGCAUACAGUGUAAAUUUGGAAAUCCCAUUUUCAGCCUUCUGCCACAUCCGAAUCGAGAAUCAAAAGAAAGAGUCGACAGUGGCCCUGUAUUUCACCGACUUCCGCGCAGGCCGCCCCAACAUUCGGUUGUGUGGCCAAAGCUCGAAUCAGGUGCAUAUUGUUGGCCAGACGUUGGAUGAAUGGCCCAUUAAAGAUGUGCUAUGCUCGGGCAUUGUCCAGCACAACGUGUAUAACAACUCUUACAACAGUCGCAUUUUGGAUAUUUUCAUAAUGAACAAUCCGUUCUCACUGGUGCCAAAUAUCGAUCAGCCGGUGCAGUUCAACUUGAGUAUUGUCUACAAUCGUAAGUUGUAGAGAGUUAUACUCUUAUAUAUUUCGACGUACAGCGGGGACCUUAUCCAGUAACAGAAAACGUACCGUUUUGCAUCCGGGAAGUAUCAAAAAUGCGGCGAAAUGCUUCCCUCUCCAAGCGAGAAAACUCCGAUUUCAAAAGCGCGCCCGUUAUUUUCGUGAGGGGCGCGCCCUUCAAAACAAAGUUUUUUCACUUGGAGAGUGAAGCAUUUUGCCACAUUUUUGAUGCUUCCCGGAUACAAAAUGAUACGUUUUUUGCCACUGGAUCAGGUCCCCUACUGUAUAAAACUAACAAUUUUUUCUUGAGCUUGAGAGUUUUUUGUUAGAUUCGCUUUUUUGUUAGAUACCAAUUUCAAAAUGUGUGUUGCGGAAACCUCGAUUUGCGACUUCCAAAAAAGACGUCGGAAGUAAAUUGGAAUUUUUGCGAAGGCUCAAAGUUGGGAGGCAGCAAAUUUCACACAGAUUUUUGUCCGUUAUCUCAUCAAAAAGCUUUUCAGAAUGCGGUGGCGAUAUCACGGAGGAAUUAUACGGAAAUUUCGGUACAAUCAGGGCUCCGGGCACGCAAGACGGUGGAAAUUAUUCGAACAAUGCCGAUUGUUUGUGGCAUUUGAAGGCACCGGAAGGACUUGUCAUCAAGGUGGGUAACUCUACUAUUUUUUGACUCUUCUUUUACAGUUAUCAGUUACGAAAAUGGACCUGGAAUACGAUGUCUACUGUAAUCAUGAUGUCCUGGAAGUGGCGGAAGGUCUCGCAACUUCCAGUCAACUCCAUCGCUACUGUAAUUCGGAGCUGAUCCCGGACACAGCGCUGGAGGACCGCUUCAAACGACUGAUCUCUCGAGGCCGAUACUUGACGCUGCAUUUCCACAGCAACCAUGAGAUCAACGGAAAGGGCUUCGAAAUUGAUUGGGAAUUUGUGACGCCGGAUAGCAAUAAUUGUAAGUGUGGGGCUUGA